CGGGUCGCGGAUGGUGCAAUCCCUCCCCGCAGGGCGUCGGCGCGGAUUAGCUCAGGUUUACAUCAGCCAGGCCGAGCGGAGCCCGCGCUCCGGGCAGCCGCACACGCUGAAGCGCCGCCGGCUCUGCACGCAGCAGAGCUGGGGUCUGGGUGCUAGCGAGCCGCGGACCCCGAGAUAGCCGCAGCCCGGCGGGCCAGGCUCCAUCCGCGCGUGUACCAGCGGCUCUGAAACGCGCGGUGCCGAGACCCACGCGGGACCCCAGGACAAGAUGCGAGCCACCCCUCUGGUUGCUCCUGCUAGUGGCCCCUACAGGAAGAAGCCGUUGGAAUUAGGUGAUAACUUAGAUGCCGAGUGUCCAGUCCUAAAACGAGCUCGAAGUGGGCCGGACCCAGAGCUGUCUCCCUGUUUGCUGCCUGCCAGUCCAUCCCCUGCUCCAGACCCAGCACCUGCUGUGGCCCCUGCCACCCAGCUGGGGCCUUAUGUGCUUCUGGAGCUCGAACAGAGCAGCUGUACCUACCCCGCCCUGCACUGCCCCACUGGCAGGGAGUUCACCUGCAAGAUGUACCCAGCCUGGAAAGCCUGCACGGUGCUGGAGCCUUACAUGAGGCUGCCCACCCAUGAGCAUGUAGCCCGGCCCGCUGACGUCUUGCUGGGCUCCCAGCUCCUCUACACCUUCUUCCCUCAGACCCACGGAGACUUGCACAGCCUGGUGCGCAGCCGUCGUGGUAUCCCUGAACCUGAGGCUGCUGCGCUUUUCCAGCAGAUGGUUGCAGCUGUGGCCCACUGCCACCAUCAUGGUCUAGUCCUACGGGACCUCAAGCUGCGUCGCUUUGUCUUCAGCAACUGUGAGCGGACAAAACUGGUGCUGGAAAACCUGGAGGAUGCCUGUGUGCUGAAUGGACCAGACGAUUCCCUGUGGGACAAGCAUGCGUGCCCCGCCUACGUGGGUCCAGAGAUCCUCUGCUCCCAGCCCUCCUACUCCGGCAAAGCAGCUGAUGUGUGGAGCCUGGGUGUAUCGCUCUUCACCAUGCUGGCCGGCCACUACCCCUUCCAGGACUCUGAACCAGCCCUGCUCUUUGGCAAGAUCCGUCGAGGGACCUUCGCUCUGCCGGAGGGCCUAUCAGCCCCAGCCCGCUGCCUCAUCCGCUGCCUCCUUCGCAGGGAGCCUUCAGAGCGGCUGGCAGCCUCAGGCAUCCUGCUGCACCCCUGGCUUCGGGAGGACCCCCACUGCAUCUCUCCUUCUGGGUCCCACCGCUGGGAGGCUGACCAGGUGGUCCCUGAUGGCCCUGGGCUGGAGGAGGCUGAGGAAGGGGAGGUAGGCCUGUAUGGCUAGGGCCUCCCUUCUGGUCCCUCAGCAGCAAGCUGGGGGUUGAGUGGUGUCCUCCAAGCUUUCACCUGGCUCUUUGGGCUGAGCCAAACCUUAAGUGCC